CAUCAUUUAUAAAUGACAAUAUUUUUAAUAUGAUUUAUUUAUUCAUUAUAGACAUUAUUUUGAUAAGUAGGAUAAUUCCGUAUCAUUUACGAUAAUUUUAUGCUGCGGGCAUGAUAUUUGCCUCACUUCAGGUUGUGAACACUGCCUUCCAUUCAAUGAUUUAAUUGAGGUUAAACAAAGGAUACAAGCACAAGUCACGGUUGUAUAUUUACAUUUCAAAGUAUAUAAUGACGAGUUCAAGAAAUUUCCUGUAGGCUUUGCCUUAAAACUUAUCGUUAAAAGUUUUGAAGUAAUAGAAAACGUUUUUAGAGGUAUUCUGGAUGUUCUUUUGUUGAAACUGAAAUUUGAUGAUGAGAGCAAAGAGGUUAUAUGUAAUGCUUUCAGAAGAAAAUUAUAUGCAGCAUUCGAAUUCAAGUCAAUGUGACCGAAUACCGAUAACACAAUUAUUCCACAUGUGGAUUGCGAAAAAAUGUUACAGCUCGACAUAAGGGAAGUGUACACGAAGGAAAAGAGAAGCGAGUCAAUUUCCGAUAGUGAGAAAAUAUGUCGAUUGUGUAUGAACUGUGUGUAAAAAGUGAAUUUAUGUGCAUACGUGAAGAGGAACUCGAAGCUAUUCAGAAAUUGACUCCUAAAAUGAAUAUAAAUGUCAAAGAUCCCGUUGUAUGUAAGGAAUGUUUUGAUUCCCAGUCUAUCCAUAACAGUUUCCUUAGAGACUGCUCAGAAGUAGAGGAAAACAUUAGAGAUGUUUGUGAUAAUUCAACCACAGAAAGUCGAACAGAUACGUCACCAUCUGAUUUAUUUGUUAAGACUGAAAACCUGGACAAAGAAUUCGAUAUUAACGAGAUGGAAAUGUCGAUCAAAAUUGAACGUGUCGACAUAAAAUCUGAGUAUGAGGAAGCAAGUUAUGCGUCACUGCAGAGCUCCAAUAACGAACCAUCCGAGAAGAGUGAUUGUAAAGAUGCGGCAGAGGAUGGAUGUAAAAAUGAGAAUGGAUGGGAAAACCAAUGUAAUAUGAAAAUCAAGCGGGACUGCACGGUAUUGUACAAAUGUGAUGAACAUAUUUGCGAAACUGAAAGACACGAGUAUGAAACUGAGAAUAAGAAAUUACUUCAAAGCCGGUUGAGACAUAAAGACCCCUCACCAGUCAAAAUAUACAGGUGUAAUGACGAUUAUGAAAGCAGAUAUAGGAAGUAUAUCAAACAGCAUCAACUGAAACAUAAAGAUCCUACGGGCGUUCAAAUGUACAGGUGUAACAACUGCGAUUAUGAAACUAAGUACGAGGGUUACAUCACACGACACCAAAUGAAACAUAAAGAUCCUUCGCAGAUUCAAAUGUACAGGUGUAACGACUGCGAUUACAAAACUAAUUCAAAGGGUGGUCUCAAGAAGCACCAAAUGAAACAUAAAGAUCCUUCGCAGGUUCACAUGUACAGCUGUAACGACUGCGAUUAUAAAUCUAAAUCAAAGGAAAGUAUCAAAAAGCACCAACUAAAACAUAAAGAUCCUUCACAAAUUCACAUGUACAGGUGCAACGACUGCGAUUUCGAAACUAAAUACAGGACGAGUAUCAGAAAGCACCAACUGAAACAUAAAGAUUCUUCAGAGGUUCAAAUGUACAGAUGUAACAACUGCAAUUAUGAAAGUAAAUACAAAGGUGAUAUCAAAAAGCACCAAGUGAAACAUAAAGAUCCGUCGCAGGUUCACAUGUACAGGUGUAAAGACUGCAGUUUCGAAACUAAAUACAAGAGCGUUAUUAAAUGUCACGAUUUGAAGCACAAAGGACCUUCUUAA